AUGUUUCCCGUACGGUUGCUGGCGUUUUCAGCAGUCGCUGGUGUAGCUAUAACAGUGCUUGCAGAUCAAUCAGCGAAGAGAAAUGCACUCAAGCAUGUCGUCACCAAGGGUGUGGGCGAGCAUUUCUUCCAGCUGGGCGACAUAAACUAUUUCAGUGAAAGCCUCAAUUCCGCUUGCGAGCAAGCUGCAUCCGAUUCAGACGCCGAUGGAUCUUUGUUUCCCUUCACCCACAUCAUAGCUGAUAGGCCUGUGAUCACCGGCAGCUGCAUCGAGGAUAUCGUCACUAGGUAUGGCCAGGAGGAUGAUGUGUUCAACGAAGAUUUCCUGCAGGCCAUCUUCUUCACUUCAUCCAGUAAUACAGCAUCAUUAGAUGCUUCUGCGAUCCAAUAUCUCUCUACUCUGGGCAUCUCGGAUCUCAUAUUGAGCAAAGCAUUCGCUGACCAUGCGAGCAACAUCACUGGCUCGUUUUCAGUCAUAGUCCUGUCGACUGCGAACGCUGCGUCCUUACCUCCUGGGCCCUUCAUCGGAAAGCUUGAGGAAUGUGGACUCUCGAUGUCCACAGUAUACAGACUGUAUACUGAUCACCAACGAGCUUUCGUGGACGGAGUCUACCUUGCGAGCGAUGGCACCCGGGGUCACAAGUCAUUUGGGUUCUUCAAUCCGGAAUGGCCACUGCCAUCCAUUCCAGUCCCAUCCAGGAUAUAUAGCUGGACCGAUGACAGGCCCUUGGCAGGCCAGCGAUUUGCGGUCAAGGACAUCUUCAACCUGCAAGGCAUCAUAACGACUUCAGGGAGUGCAUCAUGGACAAGGAUUUCUGGCCCUGCCAAUGUGACCGCACCAGCCAUUCAACGGCUGCUUGAUCUAGGUGGCGUCAUAGUCGGAAAGACCAAAACUACUCAGUUUGCGUCUGCUGCUGAACCCUGGAUCUGGGACGACGUCUACCCUCCAUUGAAUCCUCGUGGUGACGGAUGGCUGUCUUGUUCGGGUUCAUCGGCAGGCAGUGCUACUGCCAUUGCCGCCUAUGACUGGUUAGAUUAUGCUAUCGGCUCGGACACUGGCACUUCGAUGAGAAGGCCAGCGGCUGUGGCUGGAGUGUAUGGCCAGCGACCGUCGCAAGGUCGGAUGACUCUGGAAGGUGUCACACCAAUCAGCCACUCUACAGACACUGCAGGUGUAUUCUGCAGAGACCCCUAUAAGUGGCUCAAGUUUUCUCGAUUAUGGUAUACUCCAGCAUUGUAUCAGGACAGAUCUCUCACCGGUCUACCAGCCUACGAUGGGCCUCACGGCCAGGGUCUUCCGAAGAAAAUCCUGUAUCCGGUGGACUACCUGCCUCUAAAGCAUCCUGCAGCCGAGGAUGUUCUCCAGGGCUUUUUGGCAAAAGUGACUGGAGCCUUAGACACGGAGAUCGAGCAGUUCAACUGGACCGCCAGCUUCGAGAAAUUGUCUCAACCUGCAGACUUUGAUCUUGCACGGCUUCUAUCCAAUCUGGUUGUCAUGUGGACUUAUGAGCAGUAUCAACUGGUCGGAGAACCGCUGGUGGCUAUGUAUGAGGCUCACCAUGGCAGCUACCCUCGCUUGGAGCCGCCCAUGCGAGAUAGGUUCAGAAGCCUUGACUACUCCGCCGCAGAGCAUGAGGCCGCGCGCGACAUCAGAAGACGUGCUGCGGAGGCUUUCGAACAACAGGUGCUGUACAGUACCUCAGACAUCUGUUCCGAGUCCAUCGUACUUUCCGACAUCAGCACUGGAGGUCUGCCGGCAUACCGCGAAGAGAAGAUGAACAUGUCUCCUAAUGCUAGCUUCCUUGCGCCGCCAGGUACGGCAGGCACAUCGGGAGACUUCUGCCCGUUCUUUGGAUGCAUUGAUGUUACAGUACCACUUGGCCAGGUGACUUACUGGAGCAAGAAGACCUUGCGAGAGGAGACGAUGCCAGUGACAAUAGGGCUGAUUGCGAAGAGAGGAUGUGAUCUCAUGCUGUAUGACUUUAUCGAAAAGCUGGCUGAUGUAGGGGUUCUGAAGACAGUGAAGGCUGGUGUGCAGGCUUUUUGAUGUUUCACGUACUCGUCAAGGGUCUCUGAUUGUACACCUGCCAUAUAUGAGGAGGUGUACACUCGGCUCAUAUGUGAUGUGUGAACGUCUCCUUAAUGGCCCUUUGGGCUUGGCGCGUCAGUAGUCUGUACUUGGCCGUAGGGAUUUCUUCGGCGGAGCAUAUCGCGUUGCGAUGGAAGCCGAGGGAUGAUGCCAU